AUGGAUGAAAAAGAACAAGGAAGUUAUUACUUUGCAAGAACAAAGUGGGGCAGCGUCACUGGACCGAGUUUGCACUUCGACCUCCCUGAGCUCGACUUCGGGGACAUCUCCUUUGGCUUUCCCUACACCCAGCGCUGCCGGCUCACUAACAGCUCCCCGGUGCCCGUGACGUUCCAGCUCCGCAUGUCGUUCGAUGGCACGCAGCCGGCUGUGGACAGCGUGGAUCAGAUCCGCUGCCACAGUGACCCAGCCUGGAGGAAGGGCGUUCACUUGUAUGUGGAGCCCCGGGAGUUUACCAUCACUCCCAGCCAAGGGACCAUCCUGCCCCAGGGACACCAGGACAUCCAGGUGACCCUGUGUUCCAACUCGGUGAUGGAGUUCUACAGGAAAAUGCUGGUGGAUCUGGAGGGUUUUGGCAAGGGAGUGGCAUCAUUGGUCAUCACAGCCAGAUGUCUUGUUCCUAAGCUGCAAGUGUCCCCCCACGUGCUGCAGUAUGAUGAGUGCCUCCUGAAGGUGCCCUACGAGAAGAAGUUCAUCAUUAGGAAUCCCAGCCACCUGCCUGGCUGCUACGGGCUUAUUGAACAGAUCUGCUGA